AUCUCGCUGAUGAUUGGAUGGCUAAAUCUCCGCUUCAGCUAACCAAUGACUGACCUGCAACGGCUUCCAUAUAAUGGCUACUCUUGAGUCGGAAGAACCCUGUGUAUUACACAACCGUAGGACAGUUAUAGAAAUUUUCCGUCAUGUCUGGACGUGGGAAAACCGGUGGCAAAACUAGAGCUAAGGCCAAGACACGCUCAUCCCGAGCUGGUCUUCAGUUUCCAGUCGGCCGUGUGCAUAGGCUUCUCCGUAAAGGAAAUUAUGGGGAGCGCAUUGGUGCGGGUGCUCCUGUAUAUCUGGCGGCCGUACUUGAGUAUCUGACCGCCGAGAUUCUGGAGUUGGCUGGGAAUGCGGCUCGCGACAACAAGAAGACCAGGAUUAUCCCUCGUCAUUUGCAACUGGCCGUUCGCAACGACGAGGAGCUCAACAAACUAUUGGGCGGAGUGACCAUCGCCCAGGGCGGUGUGUUGCCCAACAUCCAGGCCGUACUCCUGCCCAAGAAGACCGAGAAGCCAGCCAAGUCGAAGUAAAUGGCAGGGGUCUACUCCAACCACCUAAACGGCUCUUUUCAGAGCCACCUACCAAUUUCAUGAAGAGUACCAUCCUGUGUAUCUAAACGAAAUGUCUUCGUCGUUAAAUACUAAUAAAAUAGGGUUUGAUCAAUCCCAAAUUUAAA